CCCCUAGAGCCAUGCACUCCCAGCCCCUCCUCCCUUCCCCCGUUCUAACCUAAUGCCUGGGCCCCGGAGCCGCCACAGCCAUGUGCUUCUCCCUCCAGGCGCUGGGAUGCAUGCACAGAACAGCCAGCCGUGAGCAGGCUCUGGGACGCGUGCGCAGAGCGGCUGGCCAUGAGCAGUCCAGGUGCGUGGCUUAGAACCAGCAGGACCCGCAUUUCUUUGAUCAAAGAGCCGUGGGUUGGCCACCCCUCUUAUACACAAUGUAACCAGGUGGGCCACACUUUGAAUUUUCAGGCCGCAUGUGGCCUGCAGGCCACAUGUUUGACAUGACUGCCCUAGUGGGAACUGAUUAAUUGAGAUAUAUCCAGAUAAUCCUGGCAAGUGACCCACGCCCUCAUGCUGCAAAGGAAGGUGGGGGAAAAAAAAGAUAACUGCUAAUCUGAGUAGAGAAAAAUUCCUUCCCUGUUUCAGGUGUAGCUAUCAGAACCUGAACAUAUAAGCAAGAACUAGCCAAAGAGAGAAUACUUGAUGCCUCCUCAAAGGCUCGGCCCACCCUGACUUAUGUCUCAACUCCAGUGGUGGGCAACAGUGGUUUAGAACAUAAAACAAACUGGAAGUGAGUCCUAUGUCCUACCAUCACAAGCAACUCCACCAUACAAUCAUACUCCUACACUUGUCCAGCUCUCUCUUUAAAUUAGUUGUUGCCUCCACAAUCCCUAUUGGGAAGAUGUUCCAGAACCGUACUACUCUGAUGGUUGGAAACCUUCUAAUUUCCAACAAGAAUUUCUUCAUGGGCAGUAUAUAUCCAUUCAUUCUUGUGCCAGCAUUGUCCUUUAGCUUAAACAGCUCUUCACCCUUCUAUGGUCGUUAAUCCCCUCCCCAGUGUAUUCAUAGAGAACAAUUAUAUCCCUUCUUGGCUUUAAUUUUUCUAAACAAACCAAGCUCUUUCAGUCUCCUCUCAUAUGAGAGGCCUGCCUAUUUCUUUAAUCAUCCUAUUAGCUCUUCUCUACCUGUUCUACUUUAAUUUUGUCUUUCUUGAACAUGGGUGACCAAAAUUGUACACAUUAUUUCAAAUAAAGUCUUAGCAGUGAAUUGAAGGCGUUCAGCAUUUCAUAAGAUUGGGCCAAAAUAAGUAAUGACUACAAGAGCUGUGGAUAAAUUAGUUUGUUUCCCCUUGUGGCCAACUGUGGUCUUUUUGCUUGUAUUUUUGAAACCUGCAAUAUAUUAUUAGAUUCAGAAGUAUUUUGUAAAUAAGUCAUUUGUUCUUUGCUUCUCUUAUACUGUACCAAAUUUACUACUUUACACCACCAGUCUCAUAUCAUACAAUUACAAGCACCUCACCCAAUAAACUGGUCAUCAGCUGCAUCACAUAAUCAUAAAUGACAGGGUUGGAAGAGGGCUCUUGGAUUACUCAGGUCAACACCCUGCAUCAAGCAGGAUUUUUCUCUGCAGUAAUGUCAAAGGCAUUUUACUUGUGCUUCCUAGGGGCCAUUGUCCUUACAAUUACAAGGUGUUUUAUGGAAUAUAGCUAUUUCCAUGUAGUUUUAAACCAUGCCUUCUUAUAUGUCCAGCAAACUAUUAUUCUGUUAAUCCCUCUAGCAUGACAAAUAAACAUUCAAGAGAUUACUGGUUAUCAGGCUUGGUGAUAAUGGCACCCAACGUAAUCACUGUCUUCUAUCCUGAUUGCCUAGCCUUCCUCAAUUACUAGCAAGGACUGUCUCUUCUUUCUAGGGUAAAACUUUUAUUAAAACAAACAAAAAAAAGUGACUGGUGAAGUGUUUCCCAAACUUCAGGACAUGCCCCCAGCAUAGGUCAUGAAAAAACCCAUUGAAGGGAAAGCAUCCCAAACUCUUUGACCCACAAAACCCCAUUCCAGAUGAAGCAGCUCCUGUCCCAUGUGACUGGCUAAGCUGGGCUCCCUCUCUGGCUCUUGGGACACAGGAAUUGAGGCACUGCUGAGGUUUUGUAGAGCCACCAUGACAGGGGUUGGCUAUACCAAAUUUGAGCAAGUGGUAGCACUUAUCCCUACCCCAACUCCUCCGUGCAAAAAGGGUUGCAGCAUGAAAAUGUUUGGGAACCACUGGACUAGUGACUAGUAAUUCUGUAAACAAACACCAUAAUUACAAUCAAUAAUAUUGAGCAUUUACAUUCUCAAAAUACAGUACUUACAAACACUUGAUUACCUCAAGCUAGGAUUAUAGUACAAGUGCAACAUUUCUGACGAUUCUUUUUCAAUCAUCUCAAGCUAGUCUAAAGAAAUUCUAUACAGUCCAGUAAGAUGCUUUGUGCCUUCACUCACAUUAUACAAUAUUGGUUUUUUUUUUCUCUAUAAUGUCAACAGGAAUUUACAGACUUCUAAAUAAUGCAGGAUUGAGUAGGUAGUAAUGUGCAAGAGUCCUAGACCUAAAAGUACAUGUGAUUAAUAUACCGGUUAGAUGUAAUUGCCAAUCCAUAUUUCUAAACUUGUGAAUGAGUUAUCAAAGCUCACAUUCGGGUUUUGGUAGUUGUUUCACACAUCUAUGAUAAAUCUAUAGUUUAAGCAAAUGAAUAUUUUCUAGACAAAAGAUUCUGAGUUUACACAGCAAAAAUUCCAGUGUCUCAUGGUUGACAUUUCAGUUUAAGUCAAAUGACACAAUCAAAAUGGAAAAUGUCACUGUUUGAAACCCUGUUAGCUAACUACCUCAAAAUCUAUGUAAACAAAUAAAUCCUUAAAAAGCAAUCAGGGAAACCAAAGCAUCUGCAGCAUAGCUAUAAAGUAAGUGAAGAAAAAGUAAAACAGUGUUUUGCUUCGGUUGAUACUGUCAAUUAAAAUGUACAUUUAAAACCAGGCAAUAGCAUAUUUUUUGCAAUAAAUCUUUCUGUUCUGCCUCUUCUGGGAAAUUUAUUUUAAUAGUCUGAGCAGCUUCUGUACAAACAAAAGAACAGAUAAAGUAAAAAUGAAAUAUAAAAUAAAUUGCUAAACCACAGGUCAGCUCUCAGAAAUACUCAUUUUUAAGAAAAAUCGGUCUGUCUGUCCAUCCAUCCAUCCACAUGCUUGUUUCUCUUAUCCACAGAAGGUGGACCAAAAAGAUUUUACCUCAAUCACCUUGUAAAUACACAGACAAUUAGGAGGUGAAUUAAAGAGGCUUUGAAAAUACUAUUUUUUCCAUUUUCUGGUUUUUUAAACGUGUUCACAAAGUCAUUGCAACAUGAAAUUCUAUAUUCAAUAAUAUGCAUUAACAUUUCACUAUAAUGCCUUUUAUAUUUUCCAUCUCUAAAUUGAAGGUAAACUUUUUGAAUUUGUUCUUAUUAACUCAGAAUACAUGCUGCUUCUUAUGUAAGUUGCAGGGACAUGUGAACAUUUUGUAAUCUGUAUUUAGAUAUGCUUAUCUAGGAUGCGUCCCCUACCAAAGAAACCCCUUAAACUGAAAGUCAAAACACUGCUGCCAAGUGAGUUAAAUCUUCCAUUUAAUGAGAAAGUAGUAAGUUCUGAAAUGGGAAGAAAAAAAUGCAAAAGUAAGUGUCUAAACACCAAACAAGCCUUAGCGCUCCAGGAAUCUAUAUGUUUUAGUAGUAAACAAGAAGCCCUAACAUUAGGAGUUUAUUCAACAGUCCACUCCCACUGAGCACAGCUUCUCAUUUCUUGAAAAUGGCUGUAAACAGAGCAAGGGAGGAGCCACAGCAGCUUGCCAAGUGAAGCAGAAACUUUGUGAGUAAUUUACUAGAGGAAAAACAAGUGCAGCACACACGCACAGAAAAUACCAUGCUGUAUGUGUUCUGCUGAUAGUAGAGCACAAUGUUUUCAAAGAGGAACAAGACAACCCUUUCUAGUCUACUUCCUUCCUCCGAAAUGUUACUUACCAACCGUGUUUGGACCUUGAAGUACAAAGGAAUGUGCAACAUGAACUGAAGAAAAGCUGGUAAUCAGAAGGGAAGAUACAAAAGUUAAGAUCACUAUGUGGAGCUGUGAAGCUGUCAAUGAUACCAAGAACAGCGAGAACCAGAAUCUCUGCCAUGACUUCCAUCUGGUUCUUUUCAUCUUUUCCUUACUCUACCUCAUCAUUUGUUUUCCAGUUGGCCUUUGUUACAAUGCCCUGCUGGUCCUAGUCAAUCUCUGUAACAAAGCAACUAUGACAAUGCCAGAUGUUUACUUUGUCAAUAUUGCAAUUGCUGGCCUGAUCAUCAGUGGCAUGGCACCAAUGUACCUUCUAGGACCUGGCAAUACAAAAUGGGCCAUCUGGAAUUUUAACAAUGAAGUUUAUAUUACAUUACUCAUUUUAUUCAAUGUUUCAUCUUUAGUUAUCAUGUACUCUACUACAUUGCUCAGCCUGGAUUACUACAUUGAACGUGCUUUACCAAGAACUUACAUGUCAAGCGUGUACAACACUAAACAUGUAUGUGGAUUCAUCUGGGGAGGAGCUAUGCUUACAAGUUUCUCAUCUCUCUUAUUCUACGUUUGCAAUCACGUAUCCACUAAAAUAAUUGAAUGUUCCAAGAUGCAAAACAAAGAAGCAGCAGAUGCCAUUAUGGUUUUUAUUGGGUAUGUCGUACCAGUUAUUGCUGUACUGUAUGCACUUGUGUUAAUUUUGCGAAUUCGUAAUGAGACUACACCACUGGACCAAGACACUGGAAGAUUAGAUCCUUCAGUGCACAGGCUUUUGAUUGCUACAGUCUGUACACAGUUUACAUUAUGGACCCCCUACUAUGUAACUCUUUUAGUAAAUACUUUUAUUAAUGCACAAGGAACACUUACAGAUGAAAAUUACAUCCGAAUAUUAACUUUUAUCGAGAGUUUAUCAAAAUUGUUGGCUUUCUCAAGUAGUUUUGUGAUGCCUCUACUCUACCGAUCUAUUAACAAAAACUUUCCCCACAAAUUACGACGGCUGCUUAAAAGAAUACACUGUGGAAAUCAAAGAUGUUCUCAUGAAAGCACAGUAGUACAGCAAGUUAUGACGUAGGUAUGAAAGAAUCCAAUGGUGCUCAAUUACUGCAGUGUUUUGUAUUCUGUACUCAAUUUGUGACAAAGUUUUGUCUAUCUUGAAAUAUUAUAUAUGGGAGCACCUAAGAAGGAGGCUUGAAAAGAACUUCCAUUAUAAAUAUAUAAUUUACAGGUUAAAAUCUACAGAGUGUAAAAAAUGUUGCAAAAAGUCUCUUAAGAGUCUAUCUACAUAUUAUAAUCAUCCCUGUGUUUUCCAAUAUUUUCAAUGCACUGAGUCAGAUAAAAAACAUGUUCUUUGUCUUCACAGUUCUAAUAAUCCUGUCUGGAGAAAUCACUAAGAGCUUAAAUGAAGCCCUGAUUGAAUACAUAGCACUUUGUUAUCUUGUACAAGAAAAAAAGUAGUAUUUUACUUUCCAUAAAGGAACACAAUUGUUUUAAUUUUAAAAGAACAGCUAUUCUUGGUGAAGAUGAUCUCUGCAGAAUAUCAGAGUGUUCAACUAUACAAGUUUUAAUUGUGAAGUGCUAAUUAUUAGUUUCUUUAGUAUUUAAUUAAUUUGCUUCCUAUCCCUUAUUCAAAGAAGGGAAGAGGAACCUAAAAUGUAAUUCUAAGAAAAGAUAUUCUCAUACAGACUUAGCUACAUCUUAACUUCUUUGACAAAUCAAAUCUUCCUAAAGGUAACAAAUAACAAACGUGCAUUUAUGUUUUCAUUGCUCUCUGUGUGUCAUAAAAACAUUUCAAUGGUUCAGAAAUAUUUAUUAACUAUUUUAAGAGAAUGAAGAGACAUUUGCUCUUAUUAAAAUGAAGGAUACAGUGGUUCAUGAAGUCAGAGUGAAAGCAAAAUGUACACUAUUGAAGAGUGUUUGGCUAAGUGUUAUGGUUCACAAAAGGUUGUGUAACUAGAGUGAAUUAUCUUACACAAAUAAAUAUGUUUCUAAUGAA